UUACAAUUAUAAGUGGCAUUUUGAUGUUUAUAUUAUUUAUAUCAGAACUUAACUAUUAUUUAACAAAAGAGGUGACACCAGAACUAUACGUAGACACAACAAGAGGUGAAAAGAUGAGAAUAAAUCUUGAUAUAACUUUCCCUACAUUACCAUGUGGAUAUUUGAGUAUAGAUGCAAUGGACGUAGCUGGGGAACAACAACUAGACGUAGACCAUAAUAUAAUGAAAAGUAGAAUAGAUAAAAAUGGUAAACCAGUAGCUACGCCAGAAAAAGAAGAUAUUGGUGAUAAAAGUGAAGAAGCAAAGGACUUUGAUGUAAAUAAAUUAGACCCAGAUCGAUGUGAAAGUUGCUAUGGAGCUGAAAGUAAAGAUCUAAAAUGCUGCAAUACAUGUGAGGAUGUCAGGGAAGCGUAUCGACGAAAGGGUUGGGCAUUUAAUAAUGCUGAUGGUAUUGCACAGUGUUCUCGAGAGGGAUGGUCAGACAAAUUGAAAUCGCAAUCAGGAGAAGGAUGCCAGGUUUAUGGACACCUGGAGGUUAACAAGGUUGCUGGUAAUUUUCAUUUUGCUCCAGGUAAAAGUUUUCAACAACAUCAUGUACACGUGCAUGAUCUACAGGCAUUCAGUGGAGAAAAGUUUAAUUUGAGUCAUCGUAUCAAUCAUCUUUCAUUCGGGCAUAAAUAUCCUGGAAUGGAAAACCCGCUGGAUAAUUCAAAAGUUACAUCUCAAAAAGCUUCCAUCAUGUACCAAUAUUUUGUGAAAAUAGUGCCAACAACCUACACUAAACUAAAUGGUGCGACCACAAGAUCAAAUCAGUACUCUGUUACCAAACAUGAAAAAGUUGUAAGUACAUCGCUAGCAUCAGCGGCUGGAGAACACGGUCUUCCUGGCGUCUUCAUACUAUAUGAGUUUGCACCUUUGAUGGUUAAAUAUACAGAGAAACACCGGUCAUUUAUGCAUUUUAUGACGGGUGUCUGUGCUAUAAUUGGUGGUGUAUUCACAGUUGCUGGUUUAAUUGAUUCCAUGAUCUACCAUUCUUCAAAAGCAAUCAAGAAGAAGAUUGACUUAGGAAAAGCAACAUAA